UCUGUCCGCCGGCCGGAAGCGGACACCUGGGGAAUCGUGUCCCUCGCGACGCGCCGUCCACCCCUGAGCGCCUGCGCGGGGCCGGCGCGGGACGGGCGGGCAUGGCGUUCCGACAGGCGCUGCAGCUGGCGGCUUGCGGCCUGGCGGGAGGCUCGGCCGCGGUCCUCUUCUCGGCCGUAGCAGUGGGGAAGCCCCGCGCGGGCGGGGACGCUGAGCCGCGUGUGGUCGAGGCGCCGGCGUGGGCGGGGGCCGCUCGCCCCGGGCCGGGCGUCUGGGACCCCAACUGGGACAGGCGAGAACCACUGUCCCUGGUCAACCUGCGGAAGAGGAACCUGGACUCUGGAGAAGAAGAACUGGCAUCCAGGCUGGACCACUGCAAAGCCAAGGCCACGCGACACAUCUUCCUCAUCAGGCACUCCCAGUACCAUGUGGAUGCCUCCCUGGAAAAGGACCGCACUCUGACGCCCCUCGGUCGCGAACAGGCUGAACUAACUGGGCUCCGACUUGCAAGCUUGGGGUUGAAGUUUAAUAAAAUUGUCCAUUCGUCCAUGACCCGUGCAAUAGAAACCACUGAUAUCAUCAGCAAACACCUCCCAGGUGUCUGCAAGGUCAGCACAGACCUGCUAAGAGAAGGCGCCCCCAUCGAGCCUGACCCACCUGUGUCCCACUGGAAGCCGGAGGCUGUGCAGUAUUAUGAAGAUGGAGCCCGGAUCGAGGCUGCCUUCCGGAACUACAUCCACCGGGCAGAUGCUAAGCAGCAGGAGGACAGUUACGAGAUCUUCAUCUGCCAUGCCAAUGUCAUCCGCUACAUUGUGUGCCGGGCGCUGCAGUUUCCUCCAGAAGGCUGGCUCCGCCUGUCUCUCAACAAUGGCAGCAUCACCCACCUGGUGGUCCGGCCAGAUGGCCGAGUGGCGCUCAGGACCCUCGGGGACACGGGGUUCAUGCCUCCGGACAAGAUCUCCCGCUCCUGAGGGCUGCCUGGAGGCCCUGCUCUCCUCAGUCCCCCUGUGGCUCCCGUGGGUGCUGCCAAGGACACGGCUCCUUCCCUGUCUUCCCUCCACAGGCUGCACUGCGGUUACACCGCACUUCUCCAGGACGACAG